AUGAAAAACCCUGAUGAUCCUAAGAAGCCGAUAAAAAUGACGGAAGGUGAUGACUUUAUUUUCAUAUCAAGCAAAUACCCUAAAGUCAACCUGGACAGAAUUUAUUCCCAAGAACCAGGGUAUGUCGUAACUGGAGUGAAGUUAUCUCUAGAUCCUGACACUCAAGAGUCACUGCAUUUGGAGGUGAACAUCACGCCGUUUGAUUUCGAUUCAGGAAUGCUCACUCCGACUGAAGACAAACCCUCUAAGUGGAUAACUUACAACGACAUGUCUAAAGAAAAACGGAAAUUCAAAUACCGAACUAAAAUUGAAGGUGCAGAAAAAAACAUACCGAUAAACUACUAUGACAAUGUACCAUCAUCGGAAGACUUUGCUGUGCUAACAUUUGGCGCCUCGCACAUAUUGGAAGAUCUUGGUGUACACACCGUUCCAUUUUUGGACAGACGAUUGAUGGCGCCGCGCUCGCGAAUCCUACUAGAGGGCAUUUCCCUGAUGCAUCUCGCAAAAGAAGGCUCCGGUGGGUUCCUCGGGUUCAGGGUCACUACUCUGGAUAUUCCAAAUUACUCGAACCCUCAAAUGUCCGAGCAAGAUCUUGAGUAUUACUCGAGUACUUACGAAAGUAAAGCGCUCAACCAUCCACCAGAGGAAGUCGAAGUUGAUCUCGUUUCCAUACCAUUUAUAACUGACAUCCAGGAUAUGAUAGGCUUGGCUGCCGAUAUGUCAGAUCUGAAAAAAACUGACGCUGCGUUGAAUGCUGUUAACAAACUAUCCGAACAGAUAAACGAGUUGACGAAGACCCUGAACGUGAAAGUUGACAAACUGAUGACCGCGGUAAUGACCAACGUUCCCAGAAUCAUGGCGAAGCUAGUUCUGUUAUUGUCAAUACUUUUAUUGGCAAAUGGGGUCCAACCUUUUCUAUUUUCUGUUUUCACUAAUAUCCAAAGUGUGAUCAGCAUGGCCACUGAUCUAUCAGACCUGGUAAUGGGCCGACAUGAUUUGACUGCGGGAAAGCUGUUUAAGAAAAAAGUUGAUCCGACACUCGAGAAAGUAACGGAAUUGUCAGAGAAAAUCGACGAACUAACGAAGAUCAUGAACGUUAGGAUGGACAAACUGAUGACCGCGGUGCUGACCAACGUUCCUAGGGCGAUGAAGUUCGCAAAUCUCAUGAGAAAACUUAUUGAGUAUAUUACCAGGAUCGAUGAAUUGUACGAAGACUACCAGUACUAUAUUCAUGAGGAAGAUUCAAUCAAUCCAUACACUAUUGAGGACUUCAGUAGGGUCAUGACUUCUCACAGAUUUGGAGAUCUUGAAGAUAUUUUGAGGCAAAUCUAUCAUCUAUUUAUUCCUGGACAUUUAGAUCAGAGAGAUGAGAGUCUUCUUGAUGUCAUGGUAGCCACUUUGAAGGGUACACCAGAAAGUGAAAAGUGCGGUAUGGUAAAGUCAUCUCAACAACAACUCUAUGAUCUGUACGAAACAGUAGUUUUGACGGAAAUAAAGGGCUUUACAAUGGCUGGUUACUCGUAUGCAACUUUCAAAAGUGAAGUUAUUAAAAUGCGAAAUCAGCUCGUAAUAAGAUGCAGCCAAUACUUAUCAUCCAUCGGUCAAGCGCUGGUGGGCAUUUCCAGAGACUUUUUCAAUUGUGAUCCACCGGAACAUGUUGAGGGUGAAACAUAUUCCACCUUGGAUACAUUUUCUCGAGUUAUAAUUCACGAAUAUAUGAUGACCCCGUGGGUAAAUUGUGGUUACAGUUGUGAGACCCUUGACACCUCCACUUAUUACCGAUUCUACACAACAAAUAAAGAUAUUUGGUUUCCACGUCAGCAAUGUCGGGGUUACAUGUCCAACUGUAUGGAUCUCGGUCAAGUAACAUUCUGUGAAUUCUAUGCACCUUCGCCAAUCCUUUAUUCAUGGAUAGAGAGCAGUUCGCAGAAGAAUUUUGGAACAAAAGACCAGUGUCUCAAUGGAAAAACUGUGACUUUGCAAACUUUAAGAAACAAUGGUAACGAAUGCUCAACAUGUUUUUGUGAAUGUUCCGGUCGUUCGGAAGGAACUAAAACCAUCAGUUUGAGAACCCAAAUGGCUGAUAUUGACAAAAAUAUGAUAGUCACCGGUGUAAAAUUCGCGGAAAAGGGGUCCAUAUACCAUCUUCAAAUCGAGCAAGGAAAACUGCUACCAGGUGGUCAGAUUGAAAAAGACUCCACUCACAUGAAGGAGCUUGAAAAUUUAAACUAUAUAAAUGUCGGUAAUGGGUCAGUCGAAAUGGAAAACUCUGACGAUCCUAAGAAGCCGAUAAAAAUGACGGAAGGUGAUGACUUUAUUUUCAUAUCAACCAAAUACCGUAAAGUCAACCUGGACAGAAUUUAUUCCCAAGAACAAGGGUAUGUCGUAACUGGAGUGAAGUUAUCUCUAGAUCCUGACACUCAAGAGUCACUGCAUUUGGAGGUGAACAUCACGCCGUAUGAUUUCCAUUCAGGAAUGUUCACUCCGACUGACGACAAACCCUCUAAGUGGAUAACUUACAAAGACAUGUCCAAAAAAGACCGGAAAUUCGAAGACCGAACUAAAAUUCAAGCUGCAGAAAAAAGCAUGCCGACAGUCUACCAUGACAAUGUACCAUCAUCGGAAGACUUUGCUGUGGUAUCGUUUGGAGCCUCGGCUGGAUCUGAAGAUCUUGGUAGAUACACCGUUCCAUUUUUGGACACACGAUUGUUGGCGCCGCGCGCGCGGGUCCCGCUAGAGGGCGUCUCCCUAUUGCAUCUCACAAAAGAAGACUCCGGUGGGUUCCUCGGGUUCAGGGUAACUACUCUGGAUAUUCCAAAUUACUUGAACCUCCAAAUGUCCGAGCAAGAUCUUGAGUACUACUCAAAGACUUAUGAGAACCAAGCGCUCAACCAUCCACCAGAGGAAGCCGAUUUGGCCACCGACAUGUCAGAUUUGGUAACUGGCCGCCAUGACUUGACUGCAGGAAAUCUCUUUAAGAAGAAAACUGACGCUACGUUGACUGCAGUUAACCAACUAUCCGAACAGAUAAGCGAACUGAGCCAGAACUUGAAUGUGAAGGUUGACAAACUGAUGAACGCGGUAUUGACCAACGUUCCCAAGUCAAUUCAGUUCGCGAAUCUCAUGAGAAAACUCAUUGAGUACGUUACCAGAAUUGACGAACUGUUUGAAGACUAUCAGGACUACGUCAACCAGGAUAGUAAUUUCACCUGGUAUACUAUGGAGGACUUUGCUAGAGUUACUACGUCGCACAAAUUUGGAGGUGUUCGGGAUAUUUUGAGGCAAAUUUACCAUUUGUACGUUCCUGGGCAACUGGAUCAAAGAGACGAGAGUCUUCUUGAUGUCAUGGUAGCCAGUUUGACGAACGUAGAAAUAGAAGAACGGUGUAAUAAGUUGAAGUCAACUUAG